AAUCCUGGGCCGGGCGCAGUGCAUUCUGGGUCAGCGUAGCUAUGGCGGCUCGUGUCCUUUCCUCCUGUGUCCGCCGCCUGCCCGCGGCCUUCGCGCCGCUGCCCCGGGUCCCCACGCUAGCCACGGCCCGGCCGCUCAGCACCGUCCUGUGCCCCGCGUGGACCCGGACAAGGCCCGGGGCUUCGCAGCCGGCCCCGGUGCUUGCGCAGGUUCCAAGUCAAGUUACACAGUUGUGCCGCCAGUAUAGUGACGCUCCCCCUUUGACACUAGAGGGAAUCAAGGACCGUGUUCUUUAUGUGUUGAAACUCUAUGACAAGAUUGACCCAGAGAAGCUCUCAGUAGACUCUCAUUUUAUGAAAGACCUGGGCUUAGACAGUUUGGACCAAGUGGAGAUUAUCAUGGCCAUGGAAGAUGAAUUUGGGUUUGAAAUUCCUGAUAUAGAUGCGGAAAAGUUAAUGUGUCCACAAGAAAUUGUAGAUUACAUCGCAGAUAAGAAGGAUGUGUAUGAAUAAAAUACCAGACCCUCCUCCUUCACUGAGAGAAGACUCAGAUGAUACUGGCGAGUGUCUGGACGUGAGAACGCGUUUUGGCAUUAUUGCUGACUUGAACAGAGUAAUUCUGUUGGACUUGUAUUUAAAUUGUGUUAAGUAUUUUACCCUUUGAAAAUAAAUCUAUAAAACCAA